AUGCUUACGACAGUGAUCUGCCUUGCUUCAGUACUCGCGUUGCAAGUUAGCGGUCUACCCCUUGCGCCCGAAGCCCAGACGGUCCUCAGUGUGGAUCCAUCUCAGAUCAGUACUGCGAGUGGGCGAGAUGGCAUGUCAGGCAAAGUCGCACCGGGUCAAAGCCCGUCUCUUACCUCGGCAAACAACUUCAUCAACUUCUGUGGCUCAACGAACCAAGAGAUCACAAACGGCCGUCAAGUCAAGACGGGCUCAUGCAAUCCGAUCCCUAUGGGCCAGCUCAUGGCAGCCGACAAGAUGCCCUCAGCUCGCUUCCAAUUCCCACGCAACGGCCAAGCGCUACCAGCAGGUCAAAGCUUUCCAAUCCAGCUGGCCGUCGCCAACUUCGAUUCGGGCAACUUUGUCUCUGGCGAGACGGAGUAUCUAGCUGCACCGUCUCGACUGGAUCAGAAUGGAUAUGUCAUGGGGCACAGUCAUAUCGUCAUUCAGCGGGUUGCUUCUGCAUCAAGUACCGAAAUGCUCGAUCCCACUCAGUUUGCCGUCUUCAAAGCAAUGGAUGGCAAAGCGGUCAACGGCGUCAUGUCUUUGGAACUACAAGGUGGCUUGCCGGCAGGCGAAUAUAGACUGGCUUCAAUCUUGAGUCAGUCAAAUCAUCAGGCCAUUACUUCACCUGUUGCAGCCCGAGGUGCCUUUGAUGAUGUCAUCUACUUCUCGGUCGGACAAGCUCAAACCCAAGCACAAUUAAGCUCAUCCGCUCCGCCGGUACCCGCACAGCAGGCUCGUCAGCCCCCUCGCGCUCCGCCUCAGAGUAGCGGUCGACCCCAAUCGCAAUCGCAAUCACAAGUUCAGACUUCGCGUGGCAAUCCCCCUGCACGCCCAGCUGCAUUGGCAUCGAACCCUGCUCGUCCUGCAUCGGCCUCGGCGCAAGGUCAACCCCGUGCAGCUGCCUCGGUGCCCAAGCCGUCAUCUGAAGCGCUCAAGGAGGAAGAUGCGCUCAGGAAGGCGAUUGCUGCAGCAUUCGCAUAG